GUGAGCCCUGACGAUCACAUGGACCUCAGGCAACCACCUCCCUCCCUCCGAUUCCAGCCCUCACUCCCACUUCAUUACUUGCAACUUUUGCAAACUACUCCAAAGCAGAAGCACUUAUCCCAGACUCUGCUCUUGAUUCUGGGGUUUGCUAACUGCCAAGAUCUGUUUUUCCCACUCUGCUGAUCCUACAUUGGAUAUUCACAAAGGAACUUUCUACUGCAAAAAAAAGCAAAAAGCAAAAAAAUAAUAAUGACCUCCUUUGUCGAGAAAGCUUCUUUUGCUCAGCUCUGCCUCGCGCUGUGUGCUUUUGAUCUGACACUGCUUGGGGAUAUAGCCUGGGCUCUACCUAUGGAAGAGCAGGAUUACUAUCUGCAGGAAAUCAUCAACAGGGAUCAUUAUUAUUCCUUUCCAGAUGCUGAAGAGGAGUAUUCACCUUUCACAGAACAGCCAAGGGAGGAAGAAAUCGAGCCCCCUUUGGAGACAGAAGAAGAACCCCAAAGAUUCAAGCUGGGCAAGAAGGAGUUAAAAACGAAGAAAGGCAACAAAAAAGAUAAAUCCACUCUCGAGACCCCACCAGUUAAAAAUGGGAACAAGAAAGGUGAGAAAAACAAGAAAAGCAAUGAGAGGACACCAGAUGGCGACUAUGAAAGACGAACCACUUAUGAGGAGAGCUGGGAAAGUUGCCCUCCACUUGGUCUUGAAACAUUAAAAAUUACUGACUUCCAACUGCAUGCUUCUACAGUAAAGCGAUAUGGCCUUGGGGCCCACAGAGCACGGCUAAAUAUUCAGGCAGGUGUUAAUGAAAAUGAUUUUUAUGAUGGUGCUUGGUGUGCAGGACGGAAUGAUCCGUACCAGUGGAUUGAAGUGGAUGCUCGGAGGCUAACAAAGUUCACAGGAGUUAUCACGCAAGGAAGGAAUUCUCUCUGGCUGAGUGACUGGGUAACGUCCUACAAAGUCAUGGUGAGCAAUGACAGCCAUGCAUGGAUCACUGUCAAAAAUGGUUCCGGAGACAUGAUUUUUGAAGGCAACAGUGAAAAGGAGAUCCCAGUCCUCAAUGAGCUGCCAGUACCUCUUGUUGCACGUUACAUUCGGAUAAAUCCUAGGACAUGGUAUGAAGAUGGAAGCAUAUGCAUGAGGCUGGAAAUCUUAGGCUGCCCUCUCCCAGACCCAAAUAAUUAUUACCACAGAAGAAAUGAAAUGACAACAACAGACAACCUUGAUUUUAAGCACCACAACUACAAAGAAAUGAGGCAGCUGAUGAAAGUGGUGAAUGAGAUGUGUCCAAAUAUCACAAGAAUUUACAAUAUUGGGAAAAGCCACCAAGGGCUAAAGCUGUAUGCUGUUGAAAUCUCAGACAACCCAGGAGAACACGAAGUUGGUGAGCCAGAAUUUCGGUACAUGGCAGGGGCUCAUGGGAAUGAGGUGCUUGGACGUGAGUUACUCCUUUUGUUAAUGCAGUUCAUGUGCCAGGAAUAUCUGGCUGGGAACCCACGUAUUUCACGCCUUAUUAAGGAUACCAGAAUUCACCUUCUUCCUUCAAUCAACCCAGACGGAUAUGAAAAGGCCUACGAAGUGGGUUCAGAAUUAGGAGGCUGGUCUUUAGGAAGAUGGACUCAAGAUGGCAUUGACAUCAACAAUAACUUCCCUGACUUAAAUACUCUGCUUUGGGAAUCUGAAGAUCGUAAAAGGGUUCUGAGAAAGGUCCCAAAUCAUCACAUACCAAUUCCAGAAUGGUACCUGUCCGAAAACGCUACAGUAGCAGUUGAAACACGAGCGGUGAUUGCAUGGAUGGAGAAAAACCCUUUUGUGCUUGGUGGCAACUUACAAGGUGGAGAACUUGUUGUUGCCUACCCCUAUGAUAUGGUCCGGUCAACGUGGAAAACCCAGGAGCACACGCCUACCCCAGAUGACCAUGUUUUUAGGUGGCUGGCAUAUUCUUAUGCCUCCACCCAUCGGCUGAUGACAGACGCUCGCAGGAGAGUGUGCCAUACGGAGGACUUCCAGAAGGAAGACGGGACUGUAAAUGGAGCUUCGUGGCAUACUGUUGCAGGAAGUAUAAAUGACUUCAGCUACCUACAUACAAAUUGUUUUGAACUAUCCAUAUAUGUUGGCUGUGAUAAAUUUCCCCAUGAAAGUGAAUUACCUGAAGAGUGGGAAAAUAACAGGGAGUCCCUUAUUGUUUUCAUGGAGCAGGUGCACCGAGGCAUUAAAGGCAUGGUGAGGGAUCUACACGGCAAGGGGAUUCCAAAUGCUAUUAUUUCUGUAGAAGGCGUUAACCACGACAUCCGCACAGCAAGUGAUGGAGAUUACUGGCGCCUUCUAAACCCUGGAGAAUACGUCGUCACUGCAAAAGCAGAGGGCUAUACUGCCGCUACCAAAAACUGUGCUGUGGGUUAUGACAUGGGUGCGACCCGGUGUGACUUCACCAUCAGCAAAACCAACUUGGCUCGAAUCAAAGAGAUCAUGGAGAAAUUUGGGAAACAGCCCAUUAGUCUGUCACUUCGGCGGAACAGACAGCGAGCAAGGCAGAGGCGCCAGCAGUAUAGACAACUUUCUACAGUGUAACAAAUUAUGCUAUCAUGCUCUGCAUUUAACCUGGACCUACUCCCGUAGUAGAAUAUAUAAUAUCAACCCUGUCCGGCAGUAUUCUAAUUAGGGAUAUUUUAUUAUUGGAUAUCUUGGGAUUCUACUACUUAAUGUUAGAUUUAUAUGCUCAUCUGAAAAAAUGUGGAAUAAAAUAUUGUCUUCUAAAAAGAUCUGAUGUGUAACGAUUGCAUGUGGCAUCGAUAUUCUCUGACCCAGAGGAGAGGCUUUAUAACCAGAAGAAAUUCCACACAUACACAGCAUCAGACCAUGUACUUCCUUGAAACCAUUGAACUAAAGAUUCUGUGAAUACAAGCUUUGGUUUUGGGGUUCGGAAAUGAGAUUUCAAGAUUCAGCUCUGAAAUACUUUUGAGCUGGGAGACAGAAUUCAGAUUCUGUCUGAGAUACUACCUGUCUGUUUCAGCCAGCAUCUGUUCUGUCAUUGAUC